GCCGAAGGGCCGGGGCGGGCAGGAGGCGGCGGCGGCGGCCUCGCCCUCCCUCAGGGGCUGCAGAUGGGAGCCCGGGGCGCUGGAGGUGCGGCCAGGCCGGAAUGCGACGCGGCGUCGGGGCGAGAGCUGUUCCGGGACGCCGCCUUCCCCGCCUCGGAGUCCUCGCUCUUCUCCAGCCGGUCCACGCCGCUGGCCCGGUUCCGGGAGGACAUCACGUGGAGGCGGCCCCAGGAAAUCUGUGCUGCGCCCCAGCUGUUUCCAGAGAACCCACAGGAAGGGCAGGUGAAGCAGGGGCUGCUGGGGGACUGCUGGUUCCUGUGUGCCUGCGCUGCCCUGCAGAAGAGGCGACACCUCCUGGACCAGGUCAUUCCUCCAGGACAGCCGAGCUGGCACGACCAGACGUACCGUGGCUCCUUCACCUGUCGAGUUUGGCAGUUUGGACACUGGGUGGAGGUGACCAUAGAUGACCGUCUGCCUUGUCUUGCAGGGAGACUCUGCUUCUCCCGGUGCCAGAGAGAGGAUGUGUUCUGGCUUCCCUUACUGGAAAAGGUCUACGCCAAGGUCUAUGGGUCCUAUGAGCACCUGUGGGCAGGGCAGGUGGCGGAUGCCCUGGUGGACCUAACUGGUGGCCUGGCAGAAAGGUGGAACCUGAAGGACUUAGGCACCAGCGGCCAGCAGGAUAGGCACGGCAGCAGGGAGCACAGGACUUGUCGGCAGCUGCUCCGCCUGAAGGACCGGUGUCUGAUCAGCUGCUCGGUGCUCAGCCUCAGAGCAGGUGCCAGGGAGCUGGGAGAGUUUCAUGCCUUCAUUGUUUCUGAUCUGCGGGAGCUCCGAGGUCAGGCUGGCCAGGAUGUCCUGCUGCUGCGGAUUCAGAACCCCUGGGGCCGGCGGUGCUGGCAGGGGCUCUGGAGAGAGGGGGGUGAAGGGUGGAGUCAGGUAGAUCCGGCGGAAGCAUCUGACCUCCUGUCCCAGCUCCAGGAAGGGGAGUUCUGGGUGGAGGAGGAAGAGUUCGUCAGGGAGUUUGAUGAGAUCACUAUUGGCUACCCAGUCACGGAGGCCGGUCACCUGCAGAGCCUCUACACAGAAAAGGUGCUGUGCCAUGUGCAGGCGCUACCAGGGGCCUGGGUCAAGGGGCAGUCAGCAGGAGGCUGCCGGAACAACAGCAGCUUUCCCAGCAACCCCAAGUUCUGGCUGCGGGUCUCGGAACCGAGUGAGGUAUACAUUGCCGUCCUGCAGAGGCCUGGGAUGCACAAGGCAGACUGGGCAGGCCGGGCCCAGGCACUGGUGGGAGGCAACUGGCCCUCAUGCAGUCCAGCGAGCUUCCCAGGCAAGGACUACCAGGCCGUGGGCCUCCACAUCUGGAAGGUCGAAAAGCGGCGGAUCAGCCUGCCCAGGGUCCUGUCUGCACCCCCCGUGGCUGGCACCAUGUGCCACGCUUACGACCGGGAGGUCCACCUGCACUGUGAGCUCUCCCCAGGCUACUACCUGGCCGUCCCCAGCACCUUCCUGAAGGACGUGUCAGGGCAGUUCCUGCUCCGAGUCUUCUCUACGGGGAGAGUGUCUCUCAGUGCCGUCAGGCCAGUGGCCAAGAGUGCCGCACCCAGAGCAGCCCUGCCCACAGGGGAGUGGGAGAUCGUGCAGCUGCGGGGCUGUUGGAGAGUCGGCCAGACGGCGGGGGGCAGCAGGAACUUUGCCUCCUACCCCACCAACCCCUGCUUCCCCUUCUCGGUCCCCGAGGGCGCCGGCCCCCGCUGUGUUCGCAUAACUCUGCAUCAGCACUGCCAGCGCAGCGACGGCGAGUUCCACCCCAUCGGCUUCCACGUCUUCCAGGUUCCAGCGGGUGGUGAGAGCCAGGGCGCGCCGUCCCUGCUGCUCCAAGAGCCACUGCUGAGCUGCGUGCCGCAUCGCUACGCCCAGGAGGUGAGCCGGCUCUGCCUCCUGCCAGUGGGGACCUACAGGAUUGUGGCUUCCACCUACUUGCCGGACACAGAGGGUGCCUUCACAGUGACCAUAGCAACCAGAAUAGACAGGCGGUCCCUACACAGCCAGGAGAUGCUGGGGCAGUUCCUCCAAGAGGUCUCCAUUAUGGCGGUGAUGAAAGCCUGAGUGGCCCUGUGCGCUAUGGCAGCUGGUUCUGAGCCCUGGCCCACUUCACAGCUCUGCAGAGCAGCUGUGCCUGGGGGUCCAAGUAAAAUGCCCCGUCCCAGAGAGAUGUAGCCCUAGGGUCCAGCAGGUGCUGCAGGAGGGGCAAGAAGAACUCAGAGUGGCAUCUUGUCACGCCGCUGAGACAACAGACCCCACGAUUCCAGGAGCUUCCCAGAAUUCCUCCCAAGUCACCUUUCAUUGACUCCAGACAGCCGCCUUAUACCAUGUGGGAGUGUAUUUCAACAAAUCUUGUUAAAACUAUUUAUUAUUUGAAA